AUGUCUGAGAAACACCUUUCAGCAUCAUACACCAACACUCCUCCCUCACCCAGACGGAAACCUACUCGAGCCCAAAGUACACGGACAAGCAACGGGACCGUCAGCACAAACAUGAGUUACGGCAGCAGUGGACGAGUGUCAGAGGCCACUAAUAUUACGCUACCCCCUUCUUAUUCCAAGAAAUUCGUCGUUGUAGGCGAUGGUGGCUGUGGCAAGACUUGCUUGUUGAUCAGCUAUGCUCAAGGUUAUUUUCCAGAGAAAUAUGUCCCCACAGUAUUUGAGAACUACAUCACACAGACAACUCACAAGCAGACUGGUAAAACUGUCGAGUUGGCUCUGUGGGACACAGCUGGACAAGAAGAAUACGACCGCCUGAGGCCGCUCUCAUACCCUGAAACUGAUUUGUUGUUCGUCUGUUUCGCCAUCGACUGCCCAAAUUCUCUCGAGAAUGUUAUGGACAAGUGGUACCCUGAAGUUCUUCACUUCUGCCCUACGACUCCUCUGAUCCUCGUGGGCUUGAAAUCAGAUCUCCGCAACAAGAGAACAUGCAUCGAACUUCUGCGAACCCAAGGACUGACUCCAGUCACGCCGGAACAAGGCCAAACCGUUGCCAAACAAAUGGGCGCGUCGUACAUUGAGUGCAGCGCAAAAGAAUCAAAGGGCAUUCAGGAAGUUUUCGACCAGGCCAUCAACACAGCCAUUCAGGCCGAAGAAGACAGUUAUGAAGUCAGUCCCACCACAAAGGGUGUCAAGGUCAAGAAAGUCAAGAAGAGGAGGUGUGCAAUCUUGUGA